AAGAAUAACGAUGACGUAAGAUUUUUAAGCUAUGUAAAGAUGUAUUGUUUCUCCUGAUGUAUUUAAAAUUAUAUUCCCGAUGUAUUGUUUCUCCUGAUGUAUUUAAAAUUGUUUUAAAGCAGAUUGAAAAUAUGUCCACAUGUAUGCGAUAAUUGUAUUUGUCAUUUUGUAUGUUUAUUAUUUAAAUAAAAUUUACAGCAUAUAAUUCAAAACAUCGAACACAUAUUUUGCCGUAUGGUCGCGCACACACGCGCGUAAGAUGAUGCGCACACUUUGCUUUCCUUUGCUGGGUAAUCCCAGUCUCGUGGCAACCAGUGUGGAUCACAGUAGUAGUGAAUAAGUAUUGAGCUCUAUGAAAAAACGUGUCAGAUAACGAUUGUUAAUUUUCCGUUUACAAAGUGCUUGAUCAUGCGGUGGAUUGUUACACGAAUCGCCAUUCUUUUUACGGUCGUUUGCAAUUCCAUCAAUUCUGGAUAUGCACAAUCAGGCGCAGUUAAUCCUGGCUGUGGGCUAGAGAUGUUUCAAUGUCACGACGGAGAAUGUAUAGCAGGUGAAUUAUUAUGCGAUGGUAAAGCAAACUGUAAAGAUCAAUCCGACGAGACAGUGACCGAGUGCACAAAAAUGGAGAUUCUAUGUCCUGAUUAUGCCUUUCGGUGUAAAUAUGGUGCAUGUGUAAACGGCGAUGCCGUUUGUAAUGGCAUCAAGGAUUGCAUCGAUAAUAGCGACGAAACGCUGCCCCAAUGCACGACAGGCAUAAAUAAUCAAACAAAUAUACAAUGUAAAACAAAUGAAUUUAUGUGUGACAAUGGAGAAUGCAUUCGCAAUAUUUACGUAUGUGAUGGAAUACCCCAGUGUACAGAUGAAUCCGACGAAGUAUCUGCAAGAUGUGGAUCGGUUGCUUGUUCAUCAGCGGCUUUCCGUUGCGCUUAUGGAGCUUGUAUUGACGGCGAUAAACGAUGUAACCAAAUAAAUGAUUGUGCCGAUGGAUCCGACGAGGAUGUAAGAUUGUGUGGUGGAACCAAAUGGCCAUCACCGUUCACAACAGUAACGACACCAAUAAUAAAACCGACAGAACGAACAACUUCGCUUCCUCCUGUAACACCAAGCGCAAGAUUUUGUAAAACGCCUUCGCAGCCACCAAAUGGUCAUUGGAAACUACAUCGAUCGCAUAUCGAUUGUAUGCGUGAUCAGGAUUGUGAUAUUCCAGAAGGAAUGGAAUUGCAGUCAGGAUCUUAUCUCGUCUACUCUUGUAAUCAGGGUUAUGAAAUAAAAGGUCCUACCUUUGUUAGCUGUAGUCUCGAAGGAAAAUGGCUCAAUAUACCAACUUGUGCAGAAAUACGCUGUGAAGCUUUAAGUACGGCAUCGGUUGAGGCUAGAUGUAUACACAACGGCAAUUGGGUGUCAUGCGAAUCUCCGGUUUCGCCAAGAACAACAGCGACGUUGGCUUGCCGAAACAGUUAUCGGCGUGAAAGUUUACUUUCAAGACAAAGAGAUCGUGUAACCUGUAAUGAGAACGGUCAAUGGGAACCAGAGCCUAUACAAUGCGUUCCAGUUUGCGGUAUACUACCCCCUGAUGUUAUACCGCUCAUUGUAAAUGGCGUACGGCCCAAUAUCACGGAAUUCCCAUGGCAUGCUUCUAUGUAUCUUGAAACACAAAACGGCACUAAGGAAUAUUUCUGCGGUGCUUCCAUUAUUCAAGAGAAUCUUCUGAUAACAGCAGCUCAUUGUGUAUACGACGAGGUUACUAAGAAAAUUAUAAGAAACCCUAAACUGAUACAUAUAUUAACGGGCAAUGUUUUUCGCGAUUUCGAUUUUCCCUGGCACGAUCAACGACUUGUCAGAAAGGGUCAGGUGAAGAAUAUUUACAUUUCAUGCAAUUAUUUAGGGCUCAUAGGAAAUUAUGUAUCGGAUAUCGCAAUAUUGGAACUUGUUGAACCAUUUGUAUUGUCCACCUGGCUGGUCCCUAUAUGUAUAGAUCCUUUUUCAUAUGGCGAUAGAGUUGUAUUGGAAGCAGGUGUUUAUGGGAAAGUGGCGGGGUUUGGCAGAACAGCAAUGAGCGAAUCCAGUGCAAUAUUACAAGCUUUAACAGUGCCAUAUGUUCCGUAUAACCAAUGCAAGUCCGCAAGUCAAAAUUCAGAAAAACAAAAAUAUAUCACUAUCGACAAGUUUUGCGCAGGCUAUACAAAUGGUUCAUCUGUUUGUAAUGGUGAUAGUGGCGGAGGACUAGUUUUUAAAACCGGAGAAUUGUGGUACCUGCGAGGUGUUGUUAGUGUUGCUCUUAAUACAAUAGAGCAAGGUGCAUCUACUUAUUGUGAUAAUAACGUGUACUCCUUAUAUACACGAAUAUCCAGUCAUGUUAGUUGGAUAGAAGAUGUAAUUGAGAGAUUAGGCCAAAAAGGACAAUAUCCGUUAUGUCCGGAUAAAUUUUGAAUACUACAAUAUGUUUCAUAUAUUGAUUUUCUAUUUUUCCAAUAAGAUUGCCUAUUAUUUCUAUAAUUCAUAUAUCGUUAUCAUAUACACAUUAAUGCAGCAACUAUCGAAUUAAAAAAUAAACGUUAAUCUUUUACAGAAACAUACAUUGUUAAUAAUUUCUUAUAAAUAUUUCUUAUAAAAAAAUAACUGGUUGUACAAAGUUACAAGUACAAUUUUGUUACAUGGAACAUAAUUAAUGUGUCUUUACUUA